AUGAGAAAUAUAGAGCUUCUCGUCGUAUUCUCACUUAUUGGUGUAAGCCGGGCAGCGUCCUGCUGGCGAGACACCGUUUGCACGGGUCCUCUCGAGCCCGCCUUCCCAGGGUAUUGGGAUGAAUAUAAUUACGCGCCAGACACCCGCAGGGUGAAACCGAAGGCGAUUCUCUCGAGUGAUGCUUUAUCAUGUACCGCUUAUGCUGGGUCGGUUGUUCUCUCCUCAAAUACAGCACAAGCGGUCCUAGACUUCGGACUAGAAGUUGGUGGAAUCACAUCUUUCAACUACACGAGUGAUGGUCCCGCAGUAAUCAGCCUCUCGUGGACAGAGGCCAAGGAUUGGAUCGACUCCGACUCAGAUUACUCUAAUGGGGGGUCUACGCCUGAUGGCCAUCUCACUGUUACCAUAUCAAGAUCGGAAUCGGGGAGCUACGAAGUCCCGCUCGAGAAGCUGCGCGGAGGCUUCCGAUACUUUACUCUCUCCUAUUCUAACUCUACGAGCACCACUGUGAAUGUGUCAGACAUUCUCCUUGAGAUUAGUUUUCAGCCGACAUGGUCCAACUUGCGGGCGUACCAGGGGUACUUCUGGAGCAGCGAUGAGAUGCUGAACAAGAUCCGGUACGCCGGGGCUUAUACUCUUCAGACCAACACUGUGCCCGUAAAAACAGGAAGGGCAAUCCCGAUGGUCAAGAACACAUGGGCGAAUAACGGGACACUCGGUAACGGGAGCACAAUCAUCGUCGAUGGAGCGAAGCGCGAUCGAGCUGUCUGGCCUGGAGACAUGGGCGUUGCUGUGCCCUCCACCUUUUACAGUGUAGGCGGGCUUGAUAGCGUUGCGAACGCGCUGCAGGUUAUGUAUGACUAUCAAAACAAGGACGGCUCCCUGCCCGAGGCUGGUCCACCACUACUACAGCAGGGGAGCGACACGUACCACAUGUGGACAAUGAUUGGAACGUACAACUACGUUCUUUAUGAGAAUGACACUAAUUUCCUCACUCUCAACUGGGAUCGGUACCAGCAGGCAAUGGAAUAUGUCUAUGGGAAAGUUGAUGAAGUCUCUGGUCUGCUCAACGUCACCGGCACAAGGGACUGGGCGCGUUUAGUACAGGGCUUCAACAACAGCGAGGCGAACAUCAUUCUUUAUCGCACUCUGACAACGGGUUUCUAUCUUGCGACUCUUAUUGGAGACAACGACCUCAGUGUGAUAUAUAAGGACCGUGCGGCCGCUCUCUCGACCGCGAUCAACACCCACUUGUGGGAUCCAUCAUACGGCGCGUUUCGGGACAAUGCGACUGACACGACCCUCUACCCACAGGAUGCAAACUCUCUUGCUGUCCUCUUCAAUGUCACAACCAGAAAGCAAGACCAAAGCAUCUCCUCCCGACUAGUUGAGAACUGGAACGCCAUAGGCGCGGUGUCACCCAAACUGCCAGGGCAAAUCUCGCCCUUUAUAUCAUCCUUCGAGAUACAGUCCCGCUUCCUUGCUGGCAACGCCACGCGCGCGCUCGAUCUUAUCCGCCGUUCGUGGGGGUGGUAUCUCGACCAUCCCAAUGGGACCUCAUCUACUAUGAUCGAAGGCUAUCUAGCGGACGGCUCGUUCGCAUAUCGUUUCAACCGUGGCUAUAGCGAUCCAAGCUAUACCAGCCACGCCCACGGCUGGAGUUCCGGGCCGACUAGUGCUCUCACGAACUAUGUCGUGGGCUUGGAGGUGACGGGUCCGGCUGGGCAGGAAUGGUCAUUUGCGCCACAGUUCGGUGACUUGGCGUUCGCAGAAGGCGGGUUUAGCACUGCGCUUGGAAAGUUUCGUGCAAGCUGGGCGAUCGCGGACGUCAGUAAGUCCUAUAGCUUUAAUAUCAGCACGCCAGAAGGGACUAAAGGGGUAGUUUUGCUACCACGAAUAAGUGAUAGUCAGAAGGUAAAUAUCACUAUUGACGGGACGUCUAGCGUGUACGAAGUUGAGACGGUGAACAAGUUCACGGGCUACACGUUGAGACUAGACGGCGGCGUGAAUCAUGGUGUCGUCCAGGAGACCGUACACAGGUAA